UUUGCAGGGAGAGUUACUCCAGAAAGUGUUGUUUUCAGUUUUGGGACAGUCCUCUUGGACCUCCUAAGUGGAAAGCAUAUCCCUCCUGGUCAUGCACUUGAUAUGAUCCGGGGCAAAAACAUUCUUCUGUUAAUGGAUUCACAUUUGGAGGGAAAUUUCUCUACAGAAGAGGCAACUGUGGUUCUUGAUCUGGCUUCAAGAUGCUUGCAGUACGAACCUAGGGAGCGACCAAAUAUCAAAGAUCUCGUUACAACACUCAGUCCAUUACAAAGUAAACCUGAAGUUGCAUCUCAUGUGAUGCUCGGAAUUCCUAAGAAUGAGGAAGCUCCUCCAACCCCACAGCACCCCCUUUCUGCCAUGGGCGAUGCUUGUUCAAGAAUGGAUCUCACAGCCAUUCAUCAAAUUUUGGUGAUGAUACACUACAAAGAUGACGAAGGGACAAAUGAGUUAUCUUUCCAAGAAUGGACCCAACAAAUGAGGGAUAUGUUAGAGGCGAGAAAGCGUGGGGACUUGGCCUUUCGGGACAAGGAAUUCAAGACGGCCAUAGAUUGUUAUUCUCAGUUCAUAGAUGUCGGAACAAUGGUAUCACCAACUGUUUAUGCUCGGAGAAGCCUUUGCUAUCUUAUGUGUGAUCAACCCGAUGCGGCCCUUAGAGACGCAAUGCAAGCACAAUGUGUCUACCCAGAAUGGUCCACAGCAUUUUACAUGCAGGCAGUUGCCCUUUCCAAGUUAGACAUGCACAAAGACGCAGCUGAUAUGUUGAAUGAAGCUGCAACUCUAGAAGAAAAAAGGCAGCGAGGUGGAAGAGGAUCUUGAUACUGCCAAAUCUGUAUCAUUCUUUUGUAACCCUGGUCCAAUCAAUUGUUUUUGUUUUCGCAAAAUUAACUAAACUCCUGUAUCAUUUGGUUUGAGACUCAAGAUUAAUUUACUGACUCGGUAGUUUGUUCACUAUAAUUGGUGAAAAUAAUUAAAAUAAUUUCCAA